AGCACUUGCGGUGCGGUGUGGUUGUUGUGAGUUUGCUCAGUCAUCAAGCUUUUAUCAAUUGUUGAAUUUAUUCGACUGACAAUUUAAUUAAAAACUUAUAAACGAUUGAUUCAUCAGUCUACGCUUUAAUCUGAUUCUAUUUUCGAUAUUUGCAGCUGAUAACCUAAUUGCAUAAUUUAACAUUUUUUGGAAACCUUAGACAAGCUGAAAAUGGUUACCGAAAUGUUACCCAUGUACAGCUCUUCGUUCUCCGAGUCCAGCUUUUCAUCAUUUAGAAAUAAUGGCAGCCCCACUUUGGGCCGCAUCCGGAGAGGCUCUAACCGUACGAUGUCAUGUUCAUAUUCUGAUCUCUUUGAAACCGUGGAAAUUCGUGGCAAUGCCACCUUAUGUUUCGACGAAGACGGAACUCGCUUCCAAGGCGUCAUUGUCGCCGACGAUAGAAGUCUUUAUUCCAUCCAAGGCAAGAAAUCUCCAAGAAGAAACGGCGGCCAGGUGGCAAACUCUUGCAAUUGCAACGAAUCCUUCAACGAGGAUUACCCUGAGGAGCAAGUCCUGCCCGUCUCGUUUGACAUUCGCAUCAAGGACCACGACAACCCCCAGGAAUACCAACUACGCAGAGUGCACGGCACCAACGGCCAAAUCUGCAAGUUUUCGUGCGACAAAAUAAGCUUUACUUCGCAAGAGGUCUACCGAGGACAUAAAGCAGACAUGGUUGCUCAAGAAUGUCUGGGCCACAAAAUUCAUGGCAGCAAGUCGCAGGUGUACAUUGGGCCGUUUUGGGCAUCCGUUCAAACCCGAGAAGAACCUAGGCACUGGGUUCUUUAAAAUUUCUCGGUUAAAAACUGUUUCGAUUCCUCAAUCUUGUAUCGAGUUGAAUUUUGUACCCAAAGAUCUCAUUUUGUUGUUUACCACAGUGUAUAAUCAAUGUAUGCCAUUACACAUCAUUUUUUCACACCUCAUUGUUAACUAUAAAUGCCUUCAUUGAGUUGUUGUUAAUUCUAGUCCGACCGUUCGAUUGAGAUUCAUUCCUAGGCUAAGACACUAACUUUUAAGUAGAACGGUUGCGAGAUACGGUGAGAUGUUCAUUGUUUUGUUACACAUAAUUAAUAGCCUUCGUUUUUCUUACCAAAAUUUUGUUGAAUUAAUUAGAUUAUAGGAGUUGAAGUUAGGACUAUGUAGAAUUAAGAUAAUUUUGAUCCUGAACGACUUACAAUACAAAUGACCGCGAGGAAUCCCUUCAACGACUCACGAUUUGCUAGUCGCCGAUCGUCGUGACUCAGAACGUUUCCCCGAUCACCCCGUGACUCAGAACGUUUGCUCGAUCACCUCGUAACUCAGAACGUUUACCCGAUCACCUCGUGACUCACAGAACGUUUGCUCAAUCACCUCGUGACUAAGAACAUUUGUCAAAAUAAUUUGUGUUCAACAAAUGAUUGAAGGCCUACAGCGCAAACUAAAAUCUCGAGCUGCAGUUAUGAUGGUGUCGGAUAUCUCCUGCUCGCCAUCUUGUUCGAUGAUCUGCGGAUUUUACUUCAUGAACGAGUAUUAUGUGUCACCGUGUACUUUAAUUCAUCAGUCAUUGCGUAUCCUGGCAUGAUUGACUAUAUUUAUUUUAUAAAUAAAAUAAAUUUUUA